CUUCGACCUGUUAAAAGCAUGUCAGAGAAAGCUUCCUGUCUCUCACCACGUUUACAAGAUAAAUCCAAAGCACUUUCGGGAACUCCUAGGCGAAACUCUUCAGAUAAGCUUUCUUUAAAUGAUGGUAUGCUUCCUAUCUCUCCGCGGGAGUCUCCCACUCCUUCUAACUCAAGUCAUCAUCACCGUCGCCGUAGCAGUCGCCAUCAUCGCCAUGACGGCUACGUUCGAGAUCGGGACCGACGUCUAGCCGAUAGACAUUCCCCAUCUUCCAAUAAUAGGAAUCGAAAACGUGGAGAAGACAUGAAGGAAACCGACUUCGAACUAAGCUCUGAACGCAAACGCCAUAAGGCUUAUCAUGAAGUCAAAAGUGAAGAAAGGCACUCAAGGAAGGAUCGAGAAAGGACUCGAACUAAAGAGGCCAAGAAAGGACAUCGAAAACAUAGAUCGUAUGAUAAAGAGCGAAAAGAAUCGAGGGAUAAAAGACCUCGCAGGCGCGAGUACGCGGAUGAAAGGGAAAGCCGUUAUCAGUAUGAUAAAGAGAAAAGCGUUGACUCUCUCAAUCGCGAGCAUAGCCGUAGUGUUUCUCGCCAAUCUUCAGUGAAACCCCCUACCUCUUCUGAAGAAGGCAAGAACCCAACACAAAAUUCCACCAAAAGCUCCCUAAGUCCAUUUGUGGUCACUUUGCUCAAACCUCUCCUCAAGGAGGACACGUCAGAUGCUGAAUUAGAAGAACUACUUCCUGCAGGCAUUCUAUCUGGUGAGAUGGCCAAACGAUCAAUUCCCCUCCCUCGACCAACAAAUCAGUUUAAACGUGGACCAGCACUCCAGAGUCAUUUUCAGCCUCAAUCUCAUGCAUCUUCACUUCAAUCGCAGGAGGUCAAAACAGAAUCCUCUAGCCAAGAACAAGAUGCAACGGCAGUCGGUGAACCCUCAGGAUCGAAGCAGUCUCUCGAUAAGAAUGAAAUUCGUUUGGACAAGUUUCUAUCGAACCUCUCUGACAGUUUGCAGGAGAAGAAUCAGCAGAUUGAGACUUGGAGUAGUGGUGCCAAUGAAGUGGACUUCUCUGAUGUCUUAAUUGAAGAGGAAGGUACAAUUAGAAUGGUGGCAUCUGCUGCGUCCUUGAGACCAAAGCAAUUGUUGGAAGCGUGUCUUUCUACUCCAUGGGAUUCGCUUGAAAGACGAACAGACGAAGACGAUAAUGAUAAAUCAGAGAAAUCCCAUGAAGAUAAAGAAGAGGAUCCAUUUGACUUGGUAUCCCUUCUCUCCUCUUCCAUCUCUCGCCGCUAUCUCAAUGACGAACUAGUUAAGGAUCUGGAGGAAAGAGGAAUAUCUUUAGCUUCAACUGCCGUAAAGGAUUGUCUUGUUGUUGCUGAUAAUUUCAAGUCCAGAAUGGUUCCAGGAGUGCAUGAGGAGAAGGCAUGGCGUCAGAGUCUUCUGGGUAUUUUCAGCAUCUGA